UUCCAAACAAAGUUAAGAAUUCACAAGUGAAUGCUUCAUCGCAUAAUACGCUCAGUGUUGUCUGGGAAGAACCCAAUCCUGUUUUGGGAAUUAUUACCAAUUACAUUGUCACGUGGAGGUUUCUUGAUAAAAGAGAUUGUAGAGUUGCAAAUAACACAGCAAAUAUUCAAACAAAAAAUAUAACAACCACGGCAAUUGAACUAGAUGAUCUUAAACCAUAUUCAAUUUAUAAUAUAUCUAUAUCAGCAGUAACUAAAAAAGGUCAAGGUGAUAUUGAGCAUAUUAUAGGAUACACGGAUGAAACUGAUACAAUCGAACUACACUUUUUUAAUUAUAAAAUUACCUCUUCAAAAACUUCGAUACAAAUAGAUACUCACGUUGAUUGUGAAAAUUGGAACGGUCCAACCAUUCUAAGCGCAUAUACUUGCAUAUGGAGUAAGGCAAAAAAAAAUAAUGUGACAAAAGAAAUACAGUAUAAUGAUGUAACUAUUAUAAAAGAUUUACUUCCAUUCACUAAAUACAAAUUAGAAAUCUAUCUGUAUCGGAAUCAUGCAAAUUCAGUUAGUAAUUAUAACAAAUUAUUAUCCUCCUAUGAGAUAACACUAUCAACUGUUCCAAAUCAAGUUCCAUUUGCAGAAGUAUAUAGCUUAUCUGAAACAAGUUUAUCAUUGAGAUGGAGGCCACCUUAUCCACCAACUGGAAUACUGGAUUCAUUUGUAAUAAAAUAUUAUUACACUUUAGGGGAACAUAGCACACCUCGUACAGAUACCAAUUCUUUAAGUGCGUGUAAAAUAUGGAAAAAUAUGUAUUGCACUACAUUAACUAAUCUUACCACAAACAAAAAUUACAUAAUUUCAAUUGCUGGGCGUAACCAGAACAUAUCUGAAAAUGGCUUGGAAACAAUUUUGAACGAAACCACAUUGAUUAAAACCCCCCAAUCUCCACUGAAUUUGUUUGCAAAUUGGAAUGAGUCGCGAUUUCUGGAGUUGCAAUGGCAACACCCCAAUAGAACAAAUGGGCCAUUCUUUGGAUUUAUAAUCCGUGUUAAUGAUCGACAAUAUUUUUACCAAGGACCAGAAAAUAUAACCUAUGCAUACAUGACACCAUUUCAAUGCAAACUGCGAUCCCAUCAUGUUAUACUCUCAAUACAAACAACCAACUCAAAAUUCAAUUCCAUUCUGUUGCCUGAGCAAAUUACUUGUCCAAUUUUUGAACCAUUAUUGAAACAUAAGUCAUUUCUAAGACCAAAUAACAACAACUCCGUGACUAUUUCAGUACCAUGUAUUGAAAAUGCUGAAGCAAUUAGUAAUUUGUAUAUUAUUCUUGUCACCAAUGAACCGGCCUAUGGCGACGAUUGCACAGAUACUUUUGGAAGUAAAUACGAUUCAUUGGUUCCAAUUCAAAAAAACCAAACUUGUUGGAUAAUUGGACACUACGAACAACAUGAAUACAAAGAAAUUGAAGAAACAAAAGCAUAAGGAAAACGCGAAGAAACGUAAUACUAAAGAUUCUAUAUCUACCCAGUUCGAAUUACUCAGAAAAAUCGAAGAUGAGAUAACUGAUGAGGC